AUGCUUGAAGGUGAAUUCUGCUGUGUCUUGGCCUUUGGCUGGUCUCGCAGAGAUCUUUUUAUCUGUCAGGCUGGUAAGCUCUACUGCCCGUGCAGAUGUGCUGGCAGCAUCAAGUGGAUUCACGAGGAAUGUCUGCAAGCUUGGCUGCGGAGCAAAGACGGCAAGACCGCUUGCGAGUUGUGUGGACAUUCCUUCGACUUCGUUCCGGUCUAUUCCAAGAAUGCACCGCAGCGCCUGACCGUCUCCGACUGGGUUGGAGCCUUCUGUUCGUCUUCCUAUCGCGUUGGUCAUCGCGUCCUGCGUGUUCUUUAUGCUGUUGGACUUUGGGGUUUCUUGCUUCCCAUCCUGACGAUCAUGGCCACACGCUCGAUCUUCGGGAGGCAACCCAGGCCCGCAUUCGGAUCAGCGUGGCAUGUUCUUGCGUUGACCUUCGACAUAUUGAUCGGGGAGUGCCUGUCUGUGGCAGGCAUAGCUUUCAUAUACUUGUUGUCCUUCCUUACUGCUGUGCGAAGUUCGCUGCCAGCAGAUGCAGCAUCUUCACAAAGUGAAGGUGCAGCACCUGCGCUUGUGGAUGUACAGCUUCAGCCAGUGCCCGGCGAGGAGACGACGACGGACUCUCACGAGUCCACUGUUUCAGUGGGAAUUCAGGUCGACACGCGGCAACGCCAGGAAGAGGUGGACCCGGAAGAGGAUCUGCUGAACAUCAUGGGCUUGCAGGGCAACCCUGUGCGCUCCUUGUUGAGUAUGCUGACCUUCCUGUGCGCCAACGUGGCGGGUAUCUACACUUUCUUGGGUUUGCCUUCCUACUUGGGUCGAUGGACUCUGGCUCGGGUGCUACCUUGGAUCCAGGCCGUGGCUCCAGACAUCGUUAUGCUGAUAUCGUGGUCUUCGGGUGACGAGAGCUCUCGCUCAAGAGGAGCGAGGUCUUCCGUGGAGCUUCCCUCUGCUGGGGUGAACGUCAUACUGGACCUCUUGGCCUUUCUGUUUGGGUAUGGUGUCCUGGCGUGUUGCAUGAUCGUUUUUGUGCUGGGGCUGCUGUUAGUUGGGGCCGUCACUGGGUGCGGCCAGAAUUCGCGCAGUUGGCAGGCCUGCCGGACCCUGGUGGUUGCUGCCAGAAGCCACCUCUGCGAGAGCAUCUUGCAAACAUGGCAGCGGAUUCAGCGCAUCGCAGUGGCCUUGCUGCAGCUUGUGGCCUUUCCUGCAUACGUUGGCCAUUUGGUGCUAUGCCUUCUCGCCGGACCUGUGCUUCACUUGUCACAGCAGGGGAGAGCCUCGCUGAUGAGUGCCAACCCGUUCAUCACCUUCGUGAUGCAGCUGUUCAUUGGCUAUGUGCACCUCUGGGGAUUCGCCUUCAUGGAGGGCUGUGUUGCCAAUGUCCUCAUGCCGGACGUUGUGCAGAGAGCUUCUCUGAACUUCUUUGUGAGUGCCAUCAACUGCCAUAGGCGCCUCUUCGGCACGAUGACAGAAGAGCUGGGCUUGUCCGAAGCCACGCCGCUGCCGCCACACUGGGCCACGCUGAAGCUUUCGCUCAUCCAUGUGGCCGUGCACACGCCUCUGGUCUUUGCGGUGUGGUACUUGCCGGCCUUCCUCCUCGACAGGCUUGUGGGAGAGGCGCUCUUUCCGAUGCUGCUGGUGGACCAGACAGGUGAUGUUAUCGAAGGGCUUCAUCGAAGAGAUCCCUUCUCCUUGUCUGGCCCUGUCGGUGUACCUGCUCGGCCCAGCAGCAAGGCAAAAAACGGCGGAAUGGCAGAAGGCCAGUCGCUCUUCGUGCUGGAGCUAAUGCAGCUCUACGUGCUGGUCCUGCAGUGCAUCCGAAUCCUCGAGACAUCGCCCGUAAUGACGCGACUCAUCUCGUCGGGGUUGCGAUGUUGGCUUCGUGCCAUCGGCUUCGGGCAUCUCUUGGUUGGUGAGUCGCCAGCACCGUCUCAGGUGCAGUCUGAAGCGGAUUGGUCGAACUGGGUGGCGAAACCCUGGAAAUUCCUUGGAGUUUCCGGGCUUGUUGUCGUCAUCUGCUGGUCAGUGAUGGCACUGGUCCUGGCUCUGCCCCUGGCUACCGGAAGGCUGAUCGUCGGAUUGAUCUUGUCCUCACAGGCAAAGCGGUUUUCGGAUUUCCUGCCGCUGAGCAUGGGGGUCGUGGUGGCGUCAGCUUGGAUUCUGGUGACCGUGAAGCUGGGUGAGGCACUGCCGCGAAUCCUAGAGCAAGCCUCGGCACUGAGGAGACACAGGUGCUUGCACAUCCUCGCCUGCCGAGUCAACGGUGCUGCAGCAGCUUUGAACUUUCUCCGCCGAGCAGAGGAUUGCCUUCAGCCGUAUAGAAGUGGCUCCCGUGCCUUCUUCUUCAAGAGCAAGUCUGAGGGACCCCUCCUGGGAAUCCAGGGCCUGGAUUCAGCCGAAGACUUUCCGGUCUUGGCAGCAGAUGUUGUCAAGCAGAGCCGACAAAAGCUGGAUGGUCUGGCGGCAUGCGGCCCGCUCGAAACUGUCUCGCUACUGGACGAUGUGUCGAAUGGCCUCUGUCAGAUAGCGGAUGCUGCUGAGCUGAUACGCAAUGUCCAUCCAGACGAGGCCUACAGUGUCAACGGUUCCGCUGCAGUCCAAGAGAUUGCCGGGUACAUGAGUGAGGUGAACCUCGACACGAAGGUCUACAAUUGCAUGAAAAACUCCGAAAAUUCCAAAGGCGUUGAAACUAUGCCGCUGGAAGCUUCCAAUGUGUUGCGUCACAUGCGUGUGUCGAUGGAGCACGAAGGCAUUCAUCUCGCGGAAGCUGAGAAGCAAGCAUGCAUGCAAAUGCUGGAUGCGGAGCAGCAGCUGUCUUUCGACAUAGUUCAUCGCCAGGAGCAGGUGCGUCAGCAGGUGUCUGCUGAGACUGAGGGAGCAUGGCUGUCGGUGUCAGCGCUGGACAGCCUAAACUUGCACCAGUGGCGACUUAAGCGCCAGAGUGCUCGCGGUGGCGAAGAGGUCCACAUUCCCCGUGAUACAUUUCUUGCUGAUAGGAUACUGAAAACCGUCCCGUGUGGCGAGACACGGCAAAGAAUGCACCAAGCGCAGCAGAGCCGGGACACGACCGGAGAGGAGAUGAUGCUGCAGCUACUCUCGGUGCGACAGCAGCUUGCGAAGAUACGUGGCUACGACACUUGGGCCCAUUAUGCACAAAGGGAAGCUCUUUUCGAGGGCCCGGAGAAGGUUCAAGAGUUCCUCGAAACGGCCUGGGACGCUUUGAGGCCCGGCUUCCUGACAGAGCUACAGCUUCUGGCGGAGGAGAAGCAAAGCAUCGGCCUUGGCGAUUCCUUGGAGCCCUGGGACGUACCGUUUCUCUUGCGGAGAUGCAAGCAGAGGCACCGAGAGGCCGAUGAGAUCUCAGAAUACCUGAGCUAUGGCUCCCUGAUGAAGGGCGUGGAGUUGGUGCUCUCUCGGCUACUGGGCUUAGCUUUCGUCCAAGAGGCUCCCGAUCCCGGCGAAGUCUGGCAUCCCUCGGUUCAAAAGUUUGCGCUCCGUGAAAAGGAGCGAACCAUUGGCAUCCUUUACUUGGACCCCUUCCCGCGUGCCGGCAAGAAGGUCCAAUCUGCGCAAUUUACCCUGCAGGGGUCAAAGGCAUUGCCAGAUGGACAACUUCAAGUCCCGAAGACUUGCCUGGUUUAUGCUCUGCCCCCUGGCUCGCAAAGCCUGUCUACGAGCUUUGCGGUCACCUUCAUGCACGAGAUUGGGCAUGCGGUCCACUCGUUGCUCUCCGAGACUCGUUUCCAGCACCUGUCCGGAACACGCGGCACGAUUGACUUCGUUGAGUUUCCGUCUCAUUUGUUCGAGCACUUCGUGCUGGAUCCAGACUGCCUGAGCAUGUAUGCCUCGCAUGCCAGCACAGGCUCCAAGCUGCCAGAGAACCUGCGAGCUGCGCACCGUUCUCGGCCCUUCGGGCAUUUCGAGGCGGUGCAGCAGCUGGUCUACGCGCUGGUGGACCAAGCGUUCUAUUCCUUCCAGCCGUCUGCGUCAUCGGAUCUACAGUCACAUCUGCACGGAAGGCUUGCGAGCUUCGAGCAGGGGCUGGACGGGCCCUGCAACGCGUCGCUGCUCGAGCUGCUGGGCCUGUCCACAGCGACGGCUCGCUUCGACCACCUGGUCCACUACGGCGGCUCCUACUACUGCUACCUCUUCAAUCGAGCUCUGUCGGCACACGUCUGGCAUCGAAGUUUUCGUCCAGACCCCUUCAAUCGCGAGACUGGCGAGCGCUUGCACAGUUUGCUGAGAGGAGGUUCAGUGGUGCAGACUUUGGGCGUCAUUCGGGACCUGUGUCCUGGUGACCCAGCUUAUGCUGCACAUGAAGUGCCACUGGAUGCGAUGAUGGCCGAGACCAUCGUGCUGCCGCUGGGUUUGGGAACCCUGCUGCUGAGGCUUAUGCUGCCCCUGAAAGUGCAAUCGGUUUUCCAGGUUCCCAUCAUCUUCCUGCUCACGGACUGCUGGAGCCUGGGUCUGGUCUUGACCAAGGUGAUCUGGCGCCUGGUACAAAGCGAUGUGAUACUGCACAAUCUGCAUCGGGAGAUCGAGGCUGUGUGGGAGGAGGCUCAAGGCUCUCUGACACACCUCUUCUUCAACUUGCGGGCCCACUGGCGUCUUUGGCGGAUGUUGGUGUUCCCCAUGCUGGAGGCUGUGGUGUUUCAUCUGGUGCUCCCCCGUACGGCUGUGCUCACCUUGCUGCAGUUCAUGGAGCCCGGUCAUGAGUACUUGAAAGCUGCGCUUCUCAUGUACUGCUACCACAUCGCCCUGACCCUGCGGAUAACGCUUUCAGCGUUUCCUCGGAUGAGACUCUGGCUCGGAGAGGUGCGCCAACAAAUUUUUGACAGCAAGUAUUUGAUUUCAACCGAGCUGCAGAACUACCACCGUAUCGAAGAUCUGUCAGAUUCGCAGGAGGAUGCAGCCGGGGACUCCCCUGGCUUGCCUGGCACAAGCUGA